GCACACAUACUUGCACUCGAACUCUUAAGACUAAUUUCCAUGCGCACAACCUGCUGGCUGCUGGCGGCCCUGGUCGCAGCCACAAUUCGGCGCCGACAACUUACAACACACAGACACCAGAUAGAAGCCGCGGAGCGGGCGAGGGCCAGUCGGUGAGAGAUGCUGUGAGCGCGGCCAAAAGCUGAAGCCAAAAUUUGUUGUCAUAGCCGAUUGCGUCGGCCCAAAGCGCUCGGCAACUUUUCAGGCGGCCCACAUAGACGCGCGAGACUUGCACGAAAAAGUAAAAUACAGACUCUGAAAACAGUUUACCAGGUGAGAGCGCAGGUUGAACACGUCUCGCGCUAGCCACUUUUUUGUGGUUCCGUGUGGAUUUUGGGCUGAAUGCAACGCCAGAUCUCUGAGGAUUAGAAACAAUGAAACAUACGGACCGUGGCACACAGCCAAAUGCAGCUUCUACCGAAGGUAAAGCCACAGACAACGAAGCAGCGGCCGUUCGACUCUUGAGGAUACCACGUGCUGCCCCCAGCAUUGAGAACUACGGGUUUCAUUUGACACGCAGCAAGUGGGAUCCCUAUCCAUGGGUCUGCGAGGUGGCCACGGGCACACCUGCAGCACUGUGCGGCCUCAAGACGGGCGACUGUGUUCUAGAGGUCAAUGGAGUAGAUGUCCUUGGCCUGCGAGUCGCAGAUGUGGCCAAAAUAGUUAAGAGCCAAAAGGACUGCGUCACAAUCCUGUGCUGGAACAGUGGUUGCGAAAAGGACUGUGAUAAGAAUAGCAUAUGCUGUGCACCCAUGCCGACCAGCCUAAGACGGCUUUCCGUUGCCCUGGAGAGUAUACUGCGCCUCAUCGAGUGCCCCAUCUGCAAUCUGACCAUAACUCCGCCGGCCAUGCAAUGUCAGAACGGACAUGUGCUCUGCGUCGAUUGCCGUAUUCGGGCCGAGCGCUGUCCCGUCUGCCGGGACUUUUACACGCCGCGACGGGCCCUGUUGGCCGAACAGAUUUACUUCACCAUAGCAAAUGCCUUUGAGAUGUGUCGCUCGGAAGAUAAAUUGCGAGAAAAGCUCUUCGCAGGCAUCACCAAAGUCCCAGUCGCAGCCGUGCCGCAGCCGGCGAAAACAGAUGCUGACCAAAGCAUUUGGCGAAAACGAAGGCCGCUGCUGCCAACGAAUAAAUUUCUAACCAAGCUGCUGGCGGGUCGCAGCGACCCGCUGGAGAAUCUCUUCGAGUCCAAUGCUGCCACACUGCUGCGCACUAAUUCCACGGACAACUUCAAUGCCUCCAAUGGAACGAUACAAUCAGCAGAGCCAGCGGAGCCGACAGGGACACCAAGGACGACAACAAUGCAUCCGUCACAUGAUGAAAUUUUGGGGCAUCUUUCACUCUCAACAAAUGAUUUACGGCAUGCAACAGUUAAGCUGAAAGGGCAGCCCAAUGGAGAGAGUAAUGUUCAAGUUGAAGGCGAAGGGGAGGAGGAGGAGGAGUCCGGCAGUAGCCACAGCUCCAGCUCCGUCUCCUUCUGCUACUUGCCAACUCGUCCGCAGCCGUCCGACAGUCUCCUUUUCAUUGGAAAAAGUCGACCCAUCGCCCCUGCGCAACAGCCCCUACACGAGUGUAUGCCACCCAAUGUCAAUGAAUCUUCGAGCACGCUCCAACUACCAGCAGCAGAGACCCCACCACCUUCUGUCACUCUGAGUAAAUGCGGGACGGAGAAUUCGCCGGAGGAGGUUGUUCAAACAAAGCCAACCUCUGCCUCUCUGCUUUACUGCUGUCCGUGCGAGUGCACCUUGCGAUUUGAUGAUGAACUGACGCUAAACCAGGACAAGGAUCAGCAGAAGCAGCAGCAGCAGAAGCAUCAGCAUCAACGAGGGAACUGCUGCUGCUACAAAUCCGCUUUUCGUCUGCUUUGAGCAUUCAGUGCCGCCAGGCAACUUAAUCAACGGCCAUGCACUUAUCAGAGGGAGGGGACGUUUUCUUUAGGCAGUCCAGACCGUUCCAGUCGUAUUUUUUUUUUGUUUUUGUGUACUAAUUAAAUUAAACGCCAGUUGCUUUGCCAAAGUUGCUUAUCGCCCGA